AGAACCCUAGGUGUAUUUUGCUUACGCACAUGGUUAGCUUGUUUGCUUUUGGCUAUUAUAUAAAUUUCUGCCAAAAAAACAACUAUAAAUUUAGUUAAUCAUGGGUAAAAUGAAAAGAAAGUUUGAAAGUGGCGCUGCUACGAACUAUAUAUCAAGAAAUCAGGCUCUUAAGAAGUUACAGCUACCUUUAGCUGACUUCAGGAGACUAUGUAUCUUGAAGGGAAUAUACCCACAUGAACCUCGUCAUGUCAAGAAGGCAAAUAAAGGAAGUACAGCUUCCAAAACAUUCUAUCUUAGGAAAGACAUUCAGUUCCUUCUCCACGAGCCGCUAAUAGAUAAAUUUAGACAAUUUAAAGUGUUUAUCAGAAAAUAUAAGAAAGCCAUUAACAAGAAAGAUAAGGAAAGAGCGUCUACCUUGAAAUCAAACAAGCCUAGAUAUAUUCUUGAUAAUAUCGUUAAAGAAAGAUAUCCGACCUUUAUAGAUGCUGUGAGAGAUCUUGAUGAUUGCCUUUCUAUGGUGCAUCUAUUCUCUAUUUUUCCGUCUACAAAAAGAACUCAUGGUAACAUUAUUAAGUCAUGCAGGCGCUUGUCAGUUGAAUUUAUGAAUUACGUGAUUUCAUCUCAUUCGUUACGAAAAGUGUUCGUUUCAAUAAAAGGGUAUUAUUAUCAAGCGGAAAUAAUGGGUGAAAAAGUGAAUUGGAUAGUUCCCCAUCCAUUGCCAUAUGAGCAUCCAGAAGAUGUCGAUUACCGAAUAAUGCAAACAUUCACGGAAUUUUACAUUACCCUACUAGGAUUCGUUAAUUAUAAACUUUACAAUUCUCUCAAUUUACACUAUCCUCCUAAAGUGGCAGUUGACGACAAAGAUGAGGGUGAUUGGGAUGAUGCUGUAGACGGACGGUCAAUAUGUAAUCGGUCCGAGAAAUUUCUGGAAAGACUGGCCUCAUUAUCCUACCCAUUAUUAAAAGCGACAGAUGCACCGGAUGCUCCCGAGAAUUCAGAGUUGAGUGACAUGCACGAGUUGUUAAAGGAAGAGAGUCAAGAAAAAGCUGACAUAGUUCUAGAAGAAGAAAAAAAGAGAGAAAACACAAAAAAUCUAUUUAAGGGUUUAAAAAUUUUCUUGAACCGUGAAGUUGCGAGGGAACCAUUAGCCUUCGUUAUUAGAAGUUGUGGCGGACAAGUUUCGUGGGAUUCUACAGCGGCUCCUGGGGCGACGUUUAGUGAAGAAGACGAAUCGAUUACAUAUCAUGUAAUCGAUAGACCUAGUUUGAGCCCUAUGCGCGUGAAUCGCUCUUAUGUUCAACCUCAAUGGGUUUUCGACAGUCUCAAUAAAGGGGAACUAUUGGAUGUAAAAAGUUACCUAAUUGGCGCAGAUUUACCGCCCCACUUAUCCCCAUUCGUCGUUUACGAUGAAUACUCUUAUAUUCCGCCUGAAGCUAGACCGGAAGGUGAAGAGGAAAAGUUAAGUGAUAUAGAGGAAGAUGACGAGGAAGACGAUGUAAAAAAUGAAGAUCAAAGCGACAGUGAUGAUGAAGAUGAGGCUGAAGAUGAUGAAGAAGUUGAUGAAGACGAUGAAGAACUAAGUGGAAAUGAAUCAGAUAAUGAAAAUUCUGAAGAGUCGACGGUCGAUGAACCAAAAGAAAAGAAAACCAAGAUGUCAGUAUCACGAGGUGUUGUAAGGAAACAACUAUCAAAAGCUGAAAUAGAGGAUCAAGAGAAACGUGAGCAUUUAAAACUGUCAGAAAUGAUGGCUUCUAAGAAACACCGGCACGUCUACAAGAAGAUUAUGUUUGGCAAAAAAAGACUGCAAAAAGAGAAAAGAAUAUUACAAGAGAAGCGUGACGAAAUCGACAAAUUGAAGAAAAAGCGGAAUAAAGGGAAAAAUAAUUAG